ACAUUUUUGUUUUUUUUUUUUUCUCUUUUGGUUCCCCUUUCGUUCAAUCCAGAGACACUCACACAUACUCUCUCUCAACCAUCCCAACGCGUUGCAUCAUCGAGCUGGCAAUUCUGUUCGCAGAACUUGCGCAGUUCGACGAAUCCAUGUUGGAACAUAAUACAACAACAAUCCAUGUUGACGUUGUUGCUUUGUUUUAUUCCUUUUCUCAAAACCUAGGUUUGAUUUGCCAGAACCUGUUUCAAUUCCAUUCACGUUACCUCCGUUUAAAAAAAGGAGGUGAAGGGGUUUCAAUUUUCUUGCCAUUCUGAGAAUUUAUAUUUAUAUAUAUAAACACAUUAUAUAUAUAGAUUAAUAUGAGUACAAAACAUACCGAAGAGGACAAUGAUUCUUCUUAUCUAACUAUACCUAACAAAGAUAAAAGGAAACAAAAGAGUUCUCAUGAUAAUGACAAGGAAUCGGCUCCAUCUCCAAAGCCUCCUGAUUUAGAUACUCAGGAGAGUGCUCCGUCCAACUCCCCACCGCCAUCACCACCGCCACCACCGCCUCAGUUGAAACUGCCAAUAUUAUCACCACCUCGGUUGAAACCUUCCUCAAUAUCAUUGUUGUCACCACCAUCUAAAGAUUUAAGUGGAUCACCAUCAUGGUCACCGCCACCUCCACCAUCACGGUCACCAUCACCUCCAUCAUCCUUGUCAUUGCUUUCAUCGUCAUCACCCCCACCACCACCUUCAUCACCCCCACCACCACCUUCAUCGCCCCCACCACCACCACCACCUUCAUCACCCCCACCACCACCUUCAUCGCCCGCACCACCACAAUCAGUGCCAUUGCGCAAUAACGGCAAUCCUUCUCCUCCUCCUCCUUAUUAUCCACGUAAACAGUCAUCGCCACAAUUCCAUGCUCCACCUCCUCCUUCUUCGCUUCCUCGUAAUGCACCCUCCAAUGAUUCAACUCCGCGAACCUCUGACAAGCCACGAUCAGGCCACCAUGGCAAGCAUGGUGGUGCUACUUCUUCCCAUACAAACUCAACGGGUUCUUCUCCCAAUCAAACCUCUUCUGAUGAUAAUUCAGAAAAAUAUAUUGGCUACACACUCAUUGGGAUUUUUGCUGUUGCCUUGGUUGCCCUAGCUGUAUCUCUUGUUUUCGUGUUUAAGAAGAAAAAAUCAAGAGGGGAUGCCCAUGUUACACCCUAUAUGCCACCCCUUAAUAUUCAUGUAAAAUCAGGUAAUCAUCUGUACUCAUUUUACUUAGGAUAAAAGUAUAAAACCUAGAUUCAUUUUAACAGGAAUAUUGUUGUUGGUGUUGUUCUUCCAUAAAAAGGUG